CACACAGUCACGCUAGUCAGUUACAGCCAGAAUAUUGCCCCACUGCAGCCACCGUAGUUGUAUCUGACAACAGAACAUGUAAUCAGCAUUUGGGAUUCAGACAGAAACAUGGCCGGUAGAGCAGGAAAACAGAGUCGUUCGGGUCCUGGCCUUUCUAGUAGAAAAGGUGCAGGGGAACAGGAGGAAGAAGAGCAUCCGCUGCAGGCCAUUUUAAUCGCUGACAGCUUCAACCGAAGGUUUUUCCCGGUCACCAAAGACCAGCCGCGGGCUUUGCUGCCGCUGGGCAACGUUGCCAUGAUCGACUACACCCUGGAGUUCCUCACAUCCACUGGGGUGCAGGAAACAUUUGUCUUCUGCUGCUGGAUGGCCAGUAAAAUCAAGGAUCACUUAUUGAAGUCAAAGUGGUGUCGACCCACCUCUCCAAACACAGUGCACAUCAUCACUUCAGACCUGUACCGCUCCCUGGGAGAUGUGCUCAGGGAUGUUGAUGCAAAGAACCUUGUGCGCUCAGACUUCGUGCUAGUUUAUGGAGAUGUGGUAUCAAACAUUGAUAUCAGCCAGGCAUUGCAAGAGCACAGGCAUCGUCGAAAGAUGGAGAAGAACAUCUCGGUAAUGACAAUGAUCUUUAAGGAAUCAUCACCAGGUCACAAGUCUCGCUGUGAGGAAGAUGAUGUCAUUGUUACUGUGGACAGCAAGAGCCAGCGGAUUUUACAUUACCAGAAGACACAGGGGCCGAAGAAUCUACACUUUCCCAUGAACAUUUUCCAUGGUGGAAGCGAUGAGUUUGAAGUCAGAUAUGACCUCCUGGACUGCAACAUAAGCAUCUGCUCCCCACAGGUUGCGGAGCUCUUCACCGACAAUUUUGACUACCAAACUCAAAAUGACUUUGUUAAAGGGAUCUUGGUCAAUGAUGAGAUACUCGGAAACCAGAUCCACCUGCAUGUCACCAGGGAUGGUUAUGGUGCCAGGGUGUCCAACCUGCUCAUGUAUGAUUCAGUGUCGUCAGACCUUGUGCGGAGGUGGGUCUACCCUCUCACGCCCGAGGCUAACUUCACGGACAUGGAGGGACCGAGCUGCACGUAUUCUCGCCACAAUGUAUACCGUGGAUCUGGUGUCAGCCUGGGCCACGGCAGCCAGAUGGUGGAGAACGUUCUUAUUGGCUGUGACACUAGCAUCGGUGCUAACUGCCGCAUUUCGAACAGUGUCAUCGGUAACAAUUGCACCAUAGGUGACAAUGUAUUUCUGGACCAUGCCUACAUCUGGAAUAAUGUUCACAUUGCCAGUAAUGUGAGGAUCAGCCAGUCUGUGGUCUGUGACAAGGCUGAAGUCAAAGAAGGUGUGACGCUUAAUAAACAGUGUGUCCUGGCAUAUAAUGUGGUAAUCGGACCAAACAUCUCUCUAGCAGAAGGCACUGUAGUGUCUAUGCAUCAUCCAGACGAGGAGGAAGAGGAUGACGUGGAAUUCCUAAAUGAUGAUGCUGAGGUCGGUCAAAGUAAAGAAAAAACCAAACAAAAAGUUUUCAACCCAGCAGAGGUUGGAGCAGAGGGACAAGGCUACAUCUGGAAGGCCAGCAGUCUGGAUGCCACAGAGGAUAAGGAGCUGCCACACUGUCUCUGGGGGUCGGUGAACCCUCACCCUGAGACUGAAAGUGAAGACAGUGAGCCUGAUGGUCUUGAUGAUCCAAUGGACCCCUCCCCCGAAAUAGAUGAUGUCCAAGUCUUCCAUGUGGAGGUGAUGGGGACUCUGCAGAGAGGACUGGAUGAAAACAUCAGCUGUGACAAUCUCGUACUGGAGAUCAACUCUCUCAAGUACGCCUACAAUAUCAGUCUGACGGAGGUGAUGCAGGUUUUAACCAGAGUGGUUCUGGAGUUCCCGUUUCAGGAGCAGGGCCCACAGCUCACCACAUCAGAAUAUCUUGCUGUGCUCCUGCCGUUAUGGAAGAAAUGGGCACCAGUGUUUAAGAACUAUGUGAAGAGAGCACAGGACCAUCUAGACUGUCUGUCUGCCUUUGAGGAGCACUUCCUAGAGCAGGAGGGUCACUGGGCUGCUAUGGUCAAGGUCCUGAUGAACAUGUACCAGCUGGAGAUCCUGGAGGAGGAGAUGAUUCUACGCUGGUUCUCCCAGGGAGGCACCACCGACAAGAGCAGGCAGCUCCGCAAGAACCAUGGGCUUCAGAAGUUCAUCCAGUGGCUGGAGGAGGCUGAGGAGUCUUCAGGGGAGGAAGGGGAAUAAUGUGGAGUAGUUGGCAAAGGACAGAGACUGUAAAACGUGAACGCUGUUGAGUGUUACCCUUUACAACAGUUUUCAGCCAUUUGAAAAAAUGAGGAUUUGUUCUGUACAGUUCAAGCUGACAUACAUUUUUGUCACUGAGCCCUAUGAUGACAGGGCUCAGUGCUGUGAACAUCACUAUCCAAAUAAAGCAGAAAGACCCUCGGA